AUGCCUCCUGUCAACAAAAAACUUGAUGUCAGCGUAAAAGUAUCAGUUAACAAGCGUUUCAUCACUGAGAAUAUAGUGAAAAUUAUAUUAUUCCGAAAGACGAUUGCACGAUCUGAGGAAAAUGGUAAGGUAAUGUACGAUGUAUUGUUGAAUGAAGCAAAUGGCUACAUCCUCAAGCUUAGUGAAGGCACUAUCAAGUACGUCGGCCCUCUUUCAACUCCUGUAGCUCAGGAAAUUGUUGUCGACACCAAUGUAGUCGAAGCUGAAGACUUGUUGGAAGAUGCGGUGGAUAAAGAUGAAGAAGAGGGAUCCAUCGAUUUGACUUCAAGUCGUGGGUGGACUGCUGGUGAGGUUUAUAUGGAUUCUCGUCUAAGUGAUUCAGCAGAAGGAUUCACCUCCUUGAACUCUUGUUUAAUUAUGAACAACGGAAGAUAUGUCUCUUCAUUGGAUUAUUUUUUGUUCUUCCUUCCUUCAUGCAAGAAGUCUGGGCCAUUGGAAAGAUAUUACCUUUCAUGA